GGCUUUGCUCGCCUCAGGGAGGAGGAAAAUCCGUCUAACUCCUCAGUCGGAGAGGAGAAUCAAGAAGUUCAAUCCUGGUGAGCCCAGAGGAGCCGGCGAGUUCCUGCCCGCUGUCACCGCUGGCGUUCCGGAGGACGGACGGACUGACAGACUGACGGCAGGCAGCGAGCCAUGAAGUUCUGGCUCCAGAGUUAUCUCGCAUCCCGUGGCGUUGCGGUGCGGGGGCGAGCAUGAGGGAGCAGUACAGUGAUGUGCAGCACUGGAAUCCAACACCAACUUCAAUAAACCAUGUAAUGGAGGCAGUUCUGGAUCUUUGAAAGGGCUCAGAGUAUCUGCAGUAGUGAUUAUUAUCUGGUGGUGGAUGUGGACUUUAAAACAGUGUGUCUCAACAUCUCAUCCUCAACUAUUUUUAAUCUGAUUGCACUACGAAAGAAAAGCUGCUAAUGGGAUAAAUGUUGAGACUUUACAAGAACUGACUUGAAGUACCGAAAGCCAUUAUUAUUAUUAUUUUAUUAUUACUAUUAUUAAUCAAGAAGAGCUUGAAGCUAAGUCUAUAUCUGACCAGUCGUUACCAUUUUCACAAUUACAGUCAUGGCAAGUAAACGAAAAUCAACAACACCCUGCAUGGUCUUAGCCAAUGAGCAGGAUCCAGAUCUAGAAAUGGUGUCAGACUUGGAGGAAGGACCACCUGUGCUCACACCAGCAGAUAACCCUGCAGCAGAGGGUGUGACAAGUGAUGAGGAUGUUCAUGAGUAUGUGGAUUCAGACAAUAAGAAAAACACAAAUAAAGUAGAAGGUGGUUAUGAGUGUAAAUACUGUACUUUUCAGACUCCAGAUCUCAAUAUGUUUACCUUUCAUGUGGAUUCAGAACACCCCAACGUAGUAUUAAAUUCAUCCUACGUUUGUUUAGAAUGUAAUUUCCUUACCAAAAGAUAUGAUGCCCUCUCAGAACAUAAUUUGAAGCACCACCCUGGAGAGGAGAAUUUUAAAUUGACUAUGGUGAAACGUAAUAACCAGACAAUCUUUGAACAGACAGUAAAUGAUCUCACUUUUGAUGGGAGUUUUGUUAGAGAAGAAAAUGCUGGACAGGCUGACUCUUCUGAGGUCCCCUCAUCAGGGAUCUCCAUUAGCAAAACUCCUAUCAUGAAAAUGAUGAAAAACAAACCCGAGGCUAAACGUAUUGCUGUUUUCCACAAUGUAGUUGAUGACAUUCCUGGUGAAGAAAAGGGAACUGAAAAUGAGCCAAACUCUGAAGAAGUAGUAGAAAACCCCCCACCGGCAGUUUCUGAAUCCAAACCAAGCCAUUCAGUUGUGUGCAGUGCAGCAGAUGUGGCUGGGGCAGUAGUGACCCCGGCACCAGUGCUUCAGCCUGGGGUGGCACAGGUUAUAACAGCUGUUACAGCUCCACAGAACUCAAACCUGAUUCCAAAAGUCCUAAUACCUGUAAAUAGCAUUCCAGCCUAUAACACUGCUUUGGAUAACAAUCCUCUUUUGCUUAACACCUACAACAAAUUCCCGUAUCCAACCAUGUCAGAAAUCACUGUUCUUUCCUCUCAAGCGAAGUACACGGAAGAGCAGAUUAAAAUAUGGUUUUCUGCUCAGCGUCUGAAACACGGAGUGAGUUGGACGCCAGAGGAGGUGGAGGAAGCAAGGAGGAAACAAUUUAAUGGCACAGUGCAUACUGUGCCACAGACCAUUACCGUUAUUCCAGCGCACAUUUCGGCCGCUAGCAAUGGUUUACCUUCCAUUUUACAGACAUGCCAAAUAGUUGGUCAGCCAGGACUUGUUCUCACUCAAGUUGCAGGUACAAAUACGUUACCAGUAACAGCCCCAAUAGCUUUGACUGUAGCAGGAGUCCCAAACCAAACACAGUUACAGAAGAGUCAGAUUCACAGUGCUCAGCCUAUUGCAGAAACCAAACAAGUUGCUGCCGUUCCAGCCCCUCAGCCUAUCAAAAAUGAAUCCACGCUGAUGAAUCCUGACUCCUUUGGCAUCCGAGCAAAAAAAACUAAGGAACAACUGGCAGAAUUGAAAGUCAGCUACCUUAAAAACCAGUUUCCUCAAGACUCAGAAAUUGUUAGACUUAUGAAAAUAACAGGUCUCACUAAAGGAGAGAUCAAAAAGUGGUUCAGUGAUACACGCUACAAUCAGAGAAACUCAAAGAAUAAUCAUGGGAUUCAUCUUAACAGUGAUUCAUGUGCCACCAUUGUUAUUGAUUCAAGUGAUGAAAUGAAUGAAUCUCCAACAGUAGUCACUCCACAGAGCAAGCCAUCUUGGGGUACUUUUCCUGAUUUCACCCCACAGAAAUUCAAAGAGAAGACUUCUGAACAACUGCAAGUCCUCCAAGCAAGUUUUCUUAAUAACCCUGUCCUUACUGAAGAAGAGAUGAAUAGAUUAAGAGCCCAAACAAAACUGACCAGGAGAGAGAUUGAUGCCUGGUUUACAGAAAAAAGGAAAUCAAAUGUCUUGAAGGAAGAGGGAGCUGACAUGAAUGAAAGCAAUGCUGGCAGCUCAAAAGAGGAGUCUGGAGAAACAUCUGUGGGAGAUGGAGCAGCAGGAACAAAAUCAGGGUGUUCUACUUCAAGCAAAAUAGGCAAAAAAUCACCAGAGCAGUUGCACAUGCUCAAAAGUUCAUUUGUCCGUACUCAGUGGCCAUCUCCACAAGAAUACAACAAGCUGGCAGAAGAAACUGGGCUUCCAAGAUCAGAAAUCGUGAGCUGGUUUGGAGAUACUCGCUAUGCCUGGAAAAAUGGUGGAUUGAAAUGGUAUUACUAUUACCAGAGUGCCAGUGCAAACAGCCUGAAUGGCCAAGGCUUUGCAAGGAAGAGAGGGAGAGGAAGACCAAAGGGGAGGGGUAGAGGGAGGCCUCGGGGGAGGCCUCGGGGAAGCAAGAGGUUAAAUUGCUGGGACAGAGGUGUAUCUGUCAUAAAAUUUAAAACUGGAACAGCAAUCCUGAAGGACUAUUAUAUGAAGCACAAAUUCCUUAAUGAGCAAGACCUUGAUGAACUGGUAGCCAAAUCUCACAUGGGAUAUGAGCAGGUCAGAGAAUGGUUUGCAGAAAGGCAAAGAAGAUUAGAACUUGGAAUAGAGCUGUUUGAUGAGAAUGAGGAGGAAGAUGAAAUGCUGGAUGAUCAGGAGGAUGAGGAGGAAACAGAUGAUAGUGAUACUUGGGAACCCCCCAGACAUGUUAAACGUAAACUUUCAAAAACAGACUGAUGUACAAUUUGGAAUUUGGGGGCCAAAAACCUAUGAAUUAGGUUUGAUGUUAUGGUGAAGAGCCAAAUGAUUUUUCAUGGCCUUCAGUUUAGCAAGCAGCUGCUCAGCAUCUUCCUUCCACCUAAGAGUUACAUGGGCAAGAUGCUACCUGUGCAGGCAAGAACUGUUUGCUUUGUUGCUACAAGAGAUGAACAUCCUCAGGCCUGGCCUGGGACCGGGGGUUACAAACCAGAUCAAGUUCAGCUCCUCCUUUUCCACACUACCGAUGGGAAGGUUCACGUUCAUCAUACACCUGACUGCUUCUCAAUAUUUAAUUGCCUUAUGUUGUUUAAUUCCAAAAAAACACAGACACUUUUUUUUGUUGUUGUUGUUGCUGUAAGAGAACAUUGCCUGCUUGCGAAGGAGGAAAACACAAAAACAUUAGAUGUCUUUUUGCAAGCAUCACUUCAUCUGAAAGGUUUCAAGGCCUGGGUUUAUUUCUUAAUGAAAGCAUUGAAAACAAAACAGAAGGGGAAAAGUGUGACAAAAGGAACCAAUGAACCUAGGGGUGAGGAUUGAUUGGUUUCAGAAAAUAAGGUGAUAUCUGCACCUUUUGCAUAUCUUUGGAGUGUUUUGGGUUUACAGAACUUAGACUGAAGUGUUCCUUGUUGAUAAUUAUGAGCUAACUGAAUGAGUCUGAUGCUAGAAGAUGCUUUUUGUUACAGUCAGUGUAAUCAGUGUAUCCCACAUCAAUCUAAUUUAAAUGCCUGACAGACUUGAUGCAGUUAAUAGUAACACUCACUUCUACCUUGUGCAUUCUUUCCUUUGUUGGAAAUGGUAAAAGAAGUAUCUAUAUUUAAAAAAAAAAAAGUUAUUUCUUGAAAUCUGACACUGAGUUUUAAGGUUAACAAAAGACAAAAACUGCCUAAAAGUUGUUCAGCGUUGCCUAGGGGUUUGUAAGAAUACACAGAUACAGAGAUGAAAAACAUCUUUUGGUACUAGAGAGAAAGGUUUUCAAGUAAGCUGUGGCAAUGACAUGGUGUUUAAUUCGCAAACAAAAUGAAGCUAUAUGGCUUUUACAUGCUUAGUAAUUACAAACAAGUUAGUGUUGAAUUGUUCUUCAGUGAUAGCCCAGUUGAGUGAUGUGUGUGCAGGUUUAACUGUAAGACAUCCUAAUUGAACUCACCACUGUGCUGACUGCUCACAGGACUGCUGGGUGAAUACCUCUAUUUCUGGAGUUGGUUUGAUCUACCUGAACUGAACUCCAGAAGUAGUUUAAUCUGAUAUAAAACAUUCCUAUCUUAAAUAAGUGUAUAUAAAAUAAUAAUAAAAAAAGAGCUAUUUGGUCUCAAUACUGUGAAGUUACAGUGCAGUUUGAAUUAGCAACUUAAAACAAUAGGCCAAAUUCACACAAAUUUAGUUUAGGCAGAUGUUUGGCAUUGUAGAGAACUGUUGCUCUGAGGAAGAGUAGUUUGUAAUUUUGCUAUUGCCAGCCUGCAUUUUUAGGGAUAAGUUACUUUAUAUUUAGAUAUCAAAAGAUGGUGAUGAAUUGGUAGUGCUGUCACCAGCAUUGUCUGCUUUUACAUUGGCACUAAUAGAUACUAGCAAUCUCCUUUUGCACAUGUGACAGCAUCUUCUCUGUAGGCUUCUGCAUCUGAUGACUAAUGAGGACAGAUUGGUGCAGAGAAAAUGGGACCUAAUGUCUCCCCAUCUCCAAGAACCUAUGCUAGAAUUUUAGAAUUAGUCUUUCUUCUGGACUAUGAUAACUCAAAAAAACCAAGAAAGCCCUUUUAGUCAUGAUUUUGUGAAGCAGAGGAGUCCAUGUUGGAUCUGGUUUUCAUAUCUGAUUGUGGGUGAAGCCCAGGCUAAAGUAAGAAAGUGAGUAAUGUCUGAUAGAAAAUACUAUUAACCUCCCAGACGUUCCUCUCUGGACUCUUGUAGCUGCCCUUCUGCUCACAGAUUGAAUAAGCUCCCUGAGCUUCAGGAGGAUGUUGCAUAGGAAAGCCAUUUACUGGGUUACCUCUUCUGACUGUUUUAAGAUUAUCGGGGAGAAAAAGGCAAUAGCUUAUGGUGUAUGUCAUGAAUUUGAUGAUGAAAAUAUUCCCUGGCUUCCAAGGCUCAAGUUAGUGAGGCACAAAGUGGCCAGCAUUGCUAGAGAGGAAUAGCCAAGAAUCCUCAUUUUAACUUUGGAGUGGGGCAGAAGCAACCCCAUGUAGUCAGCAUAUUUCACAGGAGUGUUUAUGACUCUGCAUGUGUGGGGGUACAAGAGAGAUCAAAUCUGGCCUUUUCAGCAUGGGGCUGGGAGGGAUUCUCCCCAUUUGUGUGGUAAUAGUGUGGAUGAUGGUAGUAGUGUGCUGUUGUAAAUGCCAGCAGAUACAAGAAAGACUCAUGCUAGCUUCAAGCUCUGUUGGGAAUACAGGGUCAAAAAUCUAUCCUUGCUGAGUAGGAAAGAACAAAGCUAGAAGGAAAAGAUGCUAUUUUUAAGUUUCCAAAAAUAUUAAACCAAAUCCUUGGGAAUAUGCCUCUAGCAAGCAAAAUCUGGAGUUGCCUUAAUCCUUGAAGUUGACCCAGAAUUAAUUUUCUUUAAAAAAACCCUAAAAACCCAAAACAGCCAAGCAGCUUGUCCAAAUAAAUAUCUCCAUUUUUGUUAGCAGAGACUUAAAUAGGUUAGCUAGGAAUCCUGUCUUUAAAAAAUGGGGGAAAAUACAGAGAUCCAAGUUAAUUACGUGAUUGAACUGGGAUAUUUUCCACUUUGGCAGUGUUCUAUUAAAUAACACUCAGCUACAAAGGUAGGCCUUAGCACAUCUGGUCUGAAAAACACAGGAAGAGGAAAUACAUUGUUUAUCAGACUAAAUAUAGUUGGAUUGGAGGUCUUUCAGUUGAAUGGUCAGAGACAGUGGCUGGUGCAUACUGGGCCAGAUUUUUGGUUGCUGUAAAUAUUAGAGUUCCAUGUAUUCCACUGGUUAUACCAGUGUUUACAGCCCAAUGGGAAAAUUAUCUCUUUGCAGAACAUAAAAUUUAAAUUAAACCAUGUGCAGUGGAUCAGCUAAUGAGAGAUGCAGAGUCCACACAUAGCAUGUUGGGCUAUGUGCACAUUUUAAACCUUUCUGUUGUGCUAAGGAUGAGGAAAAUCUGGGUGGAUUCAGCCUGGAGACAGAAGUUGUCUGCAUUCAUUAUUGCCCAUAGUCUGACAGUUACUUCUGUUUGAAGAGUCCAUUAAUUACCAAUGUGCUUCAUGUUUACAACAUGUGUAUAUUUGCACUGGCAGAGAGGCAAACUCCUUCCAGAGGCUUCCCGUGUCAGGACUGACAGGGGAGGCGUUGGAAAGUGCUGUGGUCAGUUGUACCUGUGAUUUGUGGUCAUGGCUGGUGGCGUUGUACCCGUGAUUUGUGGUCAUGGCUGGUGGGAACUCAAAGCUGCUGGUAACAGUGGUUUAGCCCAGAUUCAUCUCAGCCACCCUUAGGCUGCUGUGGGCACUGUACAGUCACUGAGAGAAACAGACAUGGCCUGGUGGGUGCAAAGGAUGGCACCUUCUCAUUCUGCCAAUCCCCUGGAAACUCCCCGAACUUAAGCACAUCAACAAGUGUCUUAAUUUAUUAUGAUUCCAAGCACCUCUGUGCUCAUCAGCAGUGCACCCCUGCAAGCUUGGCUCCCUCCUAUACUUUAUGCACACUUCCAAGGUGUUUUGGAAGCUGUUUGGACUGAAUUAUGCUGGCAGUGGGAAAGGAAGUAGAAAGAAAAUAUAUCUGCCCAGGAGUGAGUGUCCAUCUGACUUUACUGACUUUCCUGCAUGGUAAGGACUAUGUCUAGAUGAACCUGUGUUAUGUUUUCUGCAUUUCUGUGGAGCUUCCCUUCUUAGGUUUGAGCUCAUUAUGAGCCAGGCUUCAGUGACUGUCACUGACACUGAGACAAAGAAACUCUGAUCUUGCUUAGGUCUUACCUCUGGGUGGCUGGUUUCUCAGUCUUCAUUGGGACCACUACAUCAGAAUUCAGUUGUGAACAUCAGUUCCUUUAGAGCUAAGCUAGUGCAUUUCUCUUCAUCUACUGUUUCUGCCAGGACUGCCUGCUCUCAUGAUGCCAGUUGUGCUGUCUCUGGAAUUCGGCUAAAGAGAGAACACAGAUAAUCCUGUGCCAGAAUGGAGAGGGAAAAGAGCUAAAAGACGGAAAGCAGUGUUACAGCCAGGGAUGACAUCCACCAUCACAGUCUCGUCCCACUUCAUGGCGCGUUUCGCCCUCGCUUCCGAGGCAGUGAAAGAGCACAGUUCCAUCUUAAACUGUGCUGUCUUCCCAGCAUCACCUCUCAAUGACCCCAAAGUUAGUGUUGGAAAAGAGAAAGUCAGGCCUAUAUUCCCCUGGAGGUUUGAAUGAACUAACAGUGCUGGCUUGUAAGAAGUGAACAGAAGGGAAAAUGCAGAAGCUUGAAGGCUCUGACUUUUGCUUGCCCUGCAGAAUUUACUUUUCUAGAAGUUGAUAAGCAAAACAAGUUUAACUCCUUCUGUUCUGACAGAAGGAGUAAAUUAUUACAGUCACGCCUUUUUAGCACAUAGAAAUCUCUUUGUCUGAAAGCAAAGAAGAGGAAAGAUGCCUAGUACCUGAUUAUUAGAAUUUAGUGUAUUAUCUCUAAUACACUGUAGUAAGUGAGGCCAUGCCUUUUUUAACCUUGUCUGGUACCAUGAUGAAAACUGCUUUUUCAUUACAUUAUGAACUGUAAUUCAUAAUUCAAAGUUACUGACUGUAACUUUGAUUAUUGGGAAAUUCAUGCAGCGUCCACACAUGACAUGAAAUAAUUUUCUAAUGGAUGAUUUGCUCACCUUGAACAAAAGAAGAUUUUCUUUUUCUCUCCAAGAAAUGUUUGAGGCAGGCAAAUGCACUCCCUUCCCCUCUGCAGAGCAAAGAAAGGAUUUCUGGAUCCCGUACAAAGUGAUUCAUGGCUGCACACGGUCCCCGUAGGCCAGAAAGCCCAAAGAUGCAGACAUUCUCCUCCUCCGUUUUCCUCUGAAAUGAGAGCUCAGCAGUAACUCUGACAACUGAUCUCUGGCUGCUGAGUAACCAGGCUGUGGUUUAAGGUGGGGAGUGUUUUCCCUUUUGCACUUAAUGGAGUACUGUGUAUUCAGGCUGGAUGUCAGUAUUUGCUUCUGUAAAUAUGGUAGUACCAAUUUGCGUCCUCCACCUGAGUCCAAUACCUGUCUAUAUUCAUAUCUCCCAAGGAGAGAAGAUAAUCUUUAGGCUUCUGUAGUGUUAAAUGUCCCUGCCCUAACCUGAAGGCACAAAAGUAGAGUGCAAUUAAAUAUAGCUAUUUAAUUUAUUUUUUGCUUUGAAAAUAAUUUUGCUUUCAUUCAGUAGUAAUAGAGAGAUGGUAUCAAUGACCAGAGAACAGUAGAACUUUAAGAAUUGUUUAUAAUACCUGGAAUGGUGGUGUAAAUUAAAGAUGGAAAGGGCUAGUAGAGGAUUCAUUUCCCUACACUGUACAGUGCAGGGUUAUAUCUGAAUUCUCCAUCCAGUUUGUGAUAUCCUAGGAUAAGUAGAUUUACCAAGAAGCAUGACACAAACUUACCAGGUCAAGUUACUUGAGGUUUGCUGAUGUAUUAAAAUUCUGUAGCAAAAUAUUUUGAAAUAAGAAUUACAACAGAAAGUGAAAAAUCCCCUUGAUGGCUACUAACACACAAUAACUCAAAUUUCUGCUUUUUUCCCCCACUUUUAAAAGGGAUAGUUUGAAGCACAAGAGGGUUAUAGCCAGUAUUUCCAAGUUUAAUGGUUGGAGUUCUUGGGGAUUUUUCUUUUUCUGUGGUGAAGAGCAUCUGCACCUUUUCAGUGAACAGUUGUUGCAAAACCAACUCACACAACAUUAUAAAAUGUAGAGGGGUAACUGAGCAUUCUGUAGCACUUUUCAUGAAUUAAGGUGGGAUUUGUCUGAUGCAUGUCGAUGUCUGCACUGGGACAAGACACUGUAGGUAGUCAGCACAGCAAGGAAUGCAAACCUGCUCAUCCUGCAUGCCUGGAGUGGCUCAGAGGAACUGCACCCCAGCUCCACUGACUUUCCCCUGACUUGCAGGCAGCUGCUGACACUGCAGACAUCUGACAUUACAGAGAGAGAUCUUCUGGCUGGAUUGCAGCACUGAUCUUUGUGUUGUGCUUAGCAGUGGUACUGACCUCUGCUUCCAACUUGAUGCUUGUUGGGAAAUGAGGCUUCUUUUUUUUUUUUUUCUUCUUUUAUUUAGAGCAGGUAGCACUACAGUGGUGGAUAAAGUAACUGAUCCUUGGUUAUAAUACUGUGGCAUAAAAAUGCUUUGGGUUUUCUCAAGUAUUUUAGAGAUGAGGUUACUGUGUGAACAUUGGACUGUGCAUAACCUAGAAUGUGUUAGGACACAUAAUAUUUGUGUCCUGGUUGAUGAAAGUAUUUCCUUGUGCUUAUUCAAUACUAGAUACCUAUCAUGAAUCUGUCCCUAAAGAAUCUGCUGGAAUGACAGAAGAGUCAAGUCCUCAUCUAUGCUAUGAAAUGAUCAACCACGAGAGCUCUGCUGUGAUUUCAGAAUAUUCCCCCAUCUUCCAGUUUCAGCUUACAAAAGUAUUUCCAACCCUGCAUAGUUGGCUAUCUGCAUGUAUGCUUACAGUCUGUACAGAAAUGCACUAAAAUGAGUUGCCCUACCUGGGAAGGCUUUAUAUUGUACAGAAAAUGUGGCACUAGGUACUGCUCUUCAUGUGCACAGGAGAGUUAACAGGUGUCAGUCUCGUUUACAGAAAUGAUGGCGCUUUGCAAUUUUCUAUAAUAUAUUGCAAUAUAUUUAAAUGUCCUGUUUGACAUGUGAAAUGAAAUUAAGUUAAUGCAUUGUUAUGUAUUUGAAGUAUAAGGAAGAUGAUUCACUAACGACCAGCAAGGUUUUUAGAAAGGUGUCCAGUAUGUAGCUGUCUGUGUGAUCUGUCUGGUGUACGUGAUAUUAAAGGAAGCAACAAUACUGUCACUGUUUAGAAUGAAGAGUUUCUUUUGAAUGAUGCAAUAGCUUACAAUGUCUUUCCUUUGUAGCUGCCCAGUGUGGUGAAGGGGAAGCAAUUCUUGAAAAAUUUCAAGAUAACUGGUUAACUGUGAAUGGGCCUAAUCUUUCGAAACCAAGAAAAUUUUUGGACACACACAGGACUUGAAUACUCAAAAGGAUUGGAACUUAGUGUUGUGCCAAAGUUAAACUACUGCAGUUGGCAGUUCUGCACUGUAAAUAGAAGACUGAUUAAAAGACAGCUUGUAAAAAAAAAAAAAUCAAAUUUUAAUACAGUACGUUUUUAUUCUGAUACAUGAUGGAAACAUUCUGUUUUAAACCUUUUUUGAAGAGGCUUCAGUGACCACUAGAUUUUGUCCUCUUAUAUUUUGUUUGGCCUAAUACUAUAUGUUUUAGUAAGAUGGGCUUUAUUGCCUGUGUUCUUUGAUAUGUGAUUAAGCUUAUAGCUUUGAGUGACCAAACAUUUUACAGAGUAAAAGUUCUUAGAAACAGUAUAAUGUAACUGAUAUUUCUGUGUCUUAUUUAUCAGGCUCUGCACAAACUUGGAAAGUUGUGCUGGACUUGUACAACUCGUAUAUGAGAACGCAGCAUACUUCUGGAUAUUACAAACCUAAGCCUUUGUGGCUAUAUGGAUCUUGUCUUUGGAUUUAUUUUUGUUAUUUUUUUGAGGCAAAGAAACGAAUGGAUGCUGCUGUAAAAUAUUUGUAAUAUUGCCAUUAUUUCUUUCUGUAGCAAUUAUUGCUUUUGCUUCAACAGAAAAAGAAAAUAAAUCAGAGAUAGAAAAAUCCUAAAGACGCUGGUAGAAGAAAGGAUCAUGUGAGAACUUCUGAAAAUAAACUUUGUACCAAAAAUUUGCAAACAGAAAUAA